CUGCCUCCAAAUCAUUUCCGGCCAGUUGCAGCCAGCUACGAACAGAGCAGCUAGAGAUCGACCGAUCGAGAAGUUGAGACGAUCGAGGAGAUCACGUCCUCUUCUCCUCCACCCCAAUUAACCCAAUAACAAGCUAGACACAGCAAGCAUACCAAUACCAUCCAUGGCGGCCACCAACCCACGACGCCCACCAGGCGCCACCAACUCCGUCUCCUCCCCCACGCAUUAAUUCACCCCCGAAUUCCCUCUUCCAUUAAUUCCCUUCUCUCCGGCCACCCCAGGAACACGAGUUAGUUACGACGACGAUGAUGGUGAUGGGCUACUUCCGGGCUCCCAAGAAACGCGGGAGCAGGAAGAAGAAUGUUAACAGCGAGGAGGCAGGGGCGCUCCGGGAGGCGCUGCUGGAGCAGCCGGCCGGUGUCGGCGGCGAGGGGGACGGCGGCGUGCCGAAGGGGUACUUCGCGGUGUACGUCGGGGAAGAAGAGGAGGAAGCCAUGGAGCCGCGGCGGUUCGUGGUGCCGACGGGGUACCUGAGGGAGCCGGCGUUCCGGGAGCUGAUGGAGCGCGCCGCCGACGAGUUCGGGUUCGCGCAGGCCGCGGGGCUCCGCGUGCCCUGCGCCCUGGACGACUUCGAGGACCUCCUCCGCCGCCUCCGCUGCAAGAACAACGGCAAGAAGAAGCCCAUUAGCUAGCGCAGCUAGCCGGUAGCCGCCGUGCCGUGCCUACCGGCCGUACGUUAAAGGUAGCUUCUAGAAGGGAUGAAUUUGAGGCUUUGAGCUAGCUAGAUAUUGCUUCUUGUUUGGUUCUAGCAGCUAGAUUGUCGGAGAUCGAUGCAUGCUGCGAGAAAUGUACAGAUCGAGUGCAGGCACUGCAAACAGCUAGCCACAUGCAUGCAUGCAUCAUGUGUAUUGUGUAGUAAUAGUACUAUAGCUGCAUGCAUGUGUGUUGUGUUGUGUGUUGACUGUUCGAUCCUCAUCGGUUUCCAUGGAAGUACAGAGUACAAGAAGUUUAUACUAUACCAUAUCUCUGCCUC